AGGGUAGAUAAUCUUCCUUGAUUUGGAACACAUAAAGUCCUCAUGGCAGAGCUAGAACUAGAGGUCACUGCACUGUAACAAGGUCAUAUAAUUCUUCUCCUUCUAAAGAGCAGUGAUAUAGAGUCAGAGCUACGUCACUGUGUGUGCGUGCUUGUGUGCAAGAUGAGCAGUGUCCCAGACCCACCUCCGGAGAUCCCUGGUCUGCAGUGCGUGGCUAUUGGGAAAGACUCGCUACUCUAUAGGAAACCCAGAGACCCGCCCACUAACCCACCUGUUGUGGACAUGCGCAGUGACACUGUCACCAAGCCAUCAGAUGAAAUGAGACUAGCCAUGUUGGAAGCUGAAGUGGGAGACGAUGUUUAUUGUGACGACCCAACCGCAAACAAAUUAGAAACCAGAGCAGCAGAAAUUCUCGGAAAAGAAGCUGCCCUGUUCGUCCCCUCUGGCACUAUGGGUAAUCUUAUCUCUGUAAUGAUACAUUGCAGUGGUCGUGGUGACGAAAUGCUUUUGGGAGAUGAAUCACAUAUUUCAUUUCACGAGCAAGGAGGGUCUGCCUAUCUGGGCGGUGUGUAUUCGAAAAUUGUUAAAACUCUUCCAAAUGGACAACUAGACUUGGACGAUGUACGACGCAGAAUUCAAACAAUCGAUGAUCCACAUUUUGCAACAACAAAGUUGCUUUGUAUCGAAAACACUCACAAUCGAAAGGGAGGCCGUGUCCUAACUCCAGAGUACAUGGAGCAAGUGGCCGCACUCGUGAAGGGAAGAGGAAUCAAGAUUCAUCUUGAUGGGGCGAGGCUCUUCAACGCUGCAACAGCUCUCAAACUGCCGGCCUCCAAACUCACAGAGUGUGUGGACAGUGUCAAUGUGUGUUUGUCUAAAGGCCUCGGUGCUCCAGUUGGCUCUGUGAUCGCUGGGAGUAAGGAUUUCAUCGCAAAGGCACGAAAAUUGCGGAAAGCUCUCGGUGGGGGAAUGAGACAAAUCGGUGUGAUCGCUGCCCCUGGGUUGAUUGCUCUGGAGAAAGGCAGCAAACGACUGCAAGAAGAUCACGACAAUGCCCAGCUUCUUGCAACAGGCCUGGCUAAAAUGAGUGAACUUGGCGUUCAAAUUGACAUAUCAACAGUUGAGACUAAUAUCGUAAAUUUCUAUGUAAUUCGAGACGAUAUGAAAGCCAUUGAUUUUGUGGGUAGUCUGGAGAAGAGAGGGAUUAAGAUGCUCGUCUGUGGUGACGUUUGGGUUCGAAGUGUAAUAAGCUGUGAGGUGACAAAGCAAGGAGUGGAGUUUGUCCUAGAGAAUAUUAGAGCAUUACUCGCUGGAAAAUAAUACUAAUUUAUUGUAAUCGUUGUCGUUGUUUAUUUCUGUGUGUAUUGAUUUCUGGACUGAGUUGUUUUUAUGCAUGCCAUUCUGGCAAAUGAACACUAACCAAUUGACAAUGAUUGUUUUUGUUCGUUGAA